AAUAAUAUAUGUUAAUUAUUAAUUGUUAGUGAUGGAUGUAAUAAAUUACUUAAAAGAUGCCGAAUUGGUUGCGAAAAUUCAAAAAUUUUUUGGUGUCUAUUAUUCGGAGUCGAUUGUGAUUGAGAAAAAUGGAGAAACAAGUGGUCUAUGCCCCAAAAAUGGAUCUAAAAAAAAUCAAAAUGGUUGUUUAUCGAUAAAUAAUAGUAAUUUAUGUCAAAAUGAUCGAGGUAAUGAAAGUAGUAAAGCACAAGUUAAUUGUACAGAUUGCAGUUAUGAUGACAAUAAUGAAACCACCAAAGUUAAAGCUAAAAAGUUGAAGUUACCGAUUAUUAGUAAUUAUUAUUGGUACUAUUUGUUUUUGUUCAGUACUCAGUUGGGUGAUGAGAUUUUUUAUACCACGUUUAUUCCUUUUUUGUUUUGGAAUAUUGAUGCGGUUGUUGGCCGGAGAGUCGUUUUGGUCUGGGGCAUUAUUAUGACAAUAGGUCAAAUACUAAAAGAUAUAAUCCGAUGGCCUCGACCGGAAUGUCCUCCAGCAAUAAAACUCCAAAACAAAUGGUCUCAGGAAUAUGGAAUGCCAUCAACACACGCAGCAAUAGGUGUUGCAAUUCCAUUUAGCAUUAUUAUAUUUACAAUUAACCGUUACAAUUACUCCGUACCACUAGGAUUAAUAUUCGUUACGACAUGGUGUACAUUAAUUUGUAUAAGCCGUCUUUAUCUCGGCAUGCACACGGUACUGGAUAUUUUCGCGGGUUUAUUACUCGCCGUAGUCCUCAUGGUUGUAGUCAUACCAAUAAUUAGCCUAAUCGAUAUUUAUUUAUUUACCAAUUUAUGGAUUCUUCUGAUAUUUCUCAUCAUCAGCGUUCUUACUAUCGUUUAUUAUCCCUGUAGUGAUCGAUGGACACCUACAAGGGGUGACACUGCGAUGGUCGUCUCAGUGACAGCAGGAAUCCACUUCGGAGCAUGGCUUAAUUACAAGACUGGACUAUUGUUACCUGCACUGGAGUCUCCGCCCUAUGAAAUUAUUUUACCCUCUUGCUGGGGUCUCAUUCACAUUUUUUUGAGAUUUAUCAUCGGGUUCUGCUGCAUUAUCCCCAACAAAGUAAUUAUCAAGCAUAUCACUUACAGAGUAGUUAGUGCCAUUAUGCACUUAGACUCUCAGGCGUUGAUCAACAGCGAAAACACCCUAGAAAACCGGGCUAAAAUCACCAGCGACUUGACUUAUAAAUUCUUGUUCUGUUUUCUGUUUGGUGUACUCACGGUUUACUUCUUGCCACAGUUUUUCGCAAUCAUAGGCCUUGAACGUAAAGAAUUCUACACUGAAUUCUUAUAAGUGAAGAAAUAAUUUAUUUAAAUUAUUUUUUAUAUUUUGAGUAUCUUAAUAAAUUGACUUUUUUAUUUAAAA